CCCGUGGAGUCUCUUUUUAUCUGUGGAAUGCAGCAGCGAUGUCCGCACACACACACGCCGUCCUGCUAUCAGAUCCUGCGCAGGUUCUCACGCUACGCGGGCCUCAGGGUGGAUAAGAGGCCCGGCAGCAGCGCCAGGCUGCAGGCGGUCCCACACGCUCAGCAUGGCUCAGAAAGCGGUUCUGAUCGUCUUCGCCCACCAGAGUGCGGCUUCGUUCAACGCGGCGCUGCGGGACGCGGCGGUCCAGGAGCUGACGGAUCAGGGAUGCAGGGUCACCGUGUCUGACCUCUACGCCAUGAAGUUCAGAAGCAGCGCCACGCAAGACGACAUCAUCGGUGAGCUGAAGAACCCGGACCUGUUCCAGUACGGCGAGGAGACGAUGCACGCCUGGAUGGAGGGCCGCCUGAGCGAUGACAUCACCGCCGAACAGCGGAAAGUGGAGGAGGCACAACUGAUCAUCUUCCAGUUCCCUCUGUACUGGUUCAGCGUGCCGGCCAUCCUGAAGGGAUGGUUCGACCGAGUGCUCACCCAAGGCUUCGCCUUUACCCUGCAGAACAUGUACAGCGGUGGAGCUUUUAAGGACAAGAAGGCCGUGCUGUCCUUCACCACCGGAGCUGCAGAGACCAUGUUUCAGCCUGACGGCAUCAACGGGGACAUCAACGUUACUCUGUGGCCCCUGCAGCACGGGAUUCUGCACUUCUGUGGAUUUCAGGUUCUGGCUCCUCAGAUCUUCUGGAGCCCGGCUCACUGUCCCGCCGCCGCACGCCUCCAGAUGCUGGAGGGAUGGCGAGCGCGCCUGAGAGGCCUGCUGACGGAGACGCCUCUGGCCUCGGCUCCCUGUGAGCUGUUUGACCUCAGCUUUCAGGGCGGCUUCACCCUGCGGCCCGCGGUGAAGGAGCAGCAGGAGACGCGGCCGUUUGGCAUCAGCACCGGGCAUCACCUGGGCAAGCCGCUGCCGCCCAACAACCAGACCAAAGCUCCCUCUGAAGACAGCACAGACAGCAGGAAGUAGGACCUCUUCUCUACCUGCAUCACUUUCCUGCACGUUUUAUUUUUCAGUUAGACUUUAUCUUAACAUAACAGAGCCAGGUUUAACCAGCUGUUAGCUGCAGGUACCAAAGAAAGCCCCGAGACGUCUUCAGUUCAUGAACACCUUAAAGGUGCAGCGGGAUGCAGGCUGCAGUGACAUCUAGUGGCUCCUUUGGAUAAACAUGGUUACUUACUGCAUAUUCUCUGCUCAAUAUUUGCAAAGUUACUUAUUUAGUUUAGUUUUUCUGCCUGUUGAUGUGAUUAACUUAGGUUGUACACAUGAAAAUUUAAGAUAAUAAUGUUUAAUGCUAUUAUUGCUUACUAAAAAUCUCUUCAGAGCUUCCUGAGAAUCAAGAAGUUUAAGCAAAGUUUUUCUUUAUGAAAUGUUCUGUUGUCUAACAGUCAUAUAUGAAUAAAUCAUUCAGCACUCUGA